GAAGAUCAGCCCAUCUACCUGGCAGUGAAAGGAGUGGUGUUUGACGUCACUUCCGGAAAGGAGUUUUAUGGGCGAGGAGCCCCCUACAAUGCCUUGACCGGGAAGGACUCCACCAGAGGGGUGGCCAAGAUGUCCCUGGAUCCUGCAGACCUCACCCAUGACACUACGGGCCUCACGGCCAAUGAGCUGCAGUCUCUGGAUGAUGUCUUCACUAAAGUGUACAAAGCCAAAUAUCCCAUCGUUGGCUACACGGCCCGGAGAAUUCUCAACGAGGACGGCAGCCCCAACCUGGACUUCAAGCCUGAAGACCAGCCCCAUUUUGACAUCAAGGAUGAGUUUUGAUGUUCCACCGGCAGGAGCAGGUCCUUGGGGGUGUGAGGCAGGGAGACAUGCAGGCGCUAAAAGCCCUGCAAACAGUCUGUCCAGGGCCUCUGAGCCACCGGCUCUGAAUAAAACUGACGUCUAACCCAGAAGAGUGAAUGUUCGUCAUUGCCUUUGGCAAUGGUGUUCUCCCCUUGGUAUUCUGUCCCACCUGGGACUCCCUGCCACACUCCAGCCAGGUGGCACAGGCAGCCACAGGGGAGGCCUCCUCCAGGCCGGUGUUGGCUGUCUGGGCAGCAGGAUUAAGAGUGACCUUCAGUCCAUCUGUCUAUGUUUUUGUACUUGUCAAGUUGUCUACAAUGACCAUGUUUAUAAUAAGAACAAAUAAACUUCCUACUUUUACGAAA